UUUUGUAACCAUGAAGUUGACACUUUUCAUUCUGGCCCUGAUCAGUUUCUUGGCACUUAAAGCUGAGACGUCUUCACUUCGUCGAAUUAAAUGGGAAUGGGAAGGACACCCUCACUCUCCCAAGGACUUGCCUUUAAAUUUUACUGUUCAGAAACGUAUUUACAAUGGGGAAAAGGCAGAGGAAGGUCAAUUUCCAUAUAUAGUCUUUCUGAGCAUCACUCUUAACAAUGGAAAGGGUUCAGCGUGUGGUGGUUCCAUCAUUGACCAUUCAUGGAUUCUGACUGCCGCUCACUGCACACAUAACGCUGAGUCUAUAGAAAUUUUCUAUGGUUCGACUAAACGUGGAGAGGGUCAAUUUAGUCAUAAGGUCGGCGCUGAUAAAAUUAUUCAGCAUGAUGGCUAUGAUGAUGAUAGUCUAGAGAAUGAUGUCGCACUCAUUCAGACUCCCCAUGUGGAUUUCACAGAAUUAGUCGACAAAGUGGAGCUUGCGGAUCGCGACAAUGACUAUGAAGGUAAUUGGGCUAUAGCCAGUGGCUGGGGAGACGCCUCUGAUGACGGUCAUUCACCAGAGGAUCUUCAGUACGCCGACUUGCAGAUUCUAAGCAAAGAUGAAUGCUGGAAAGGGAUUGGUCGAGAAUCUGACAACAUUCUAUGUGUUAGCACUUCGGAAGGCAAAACUAUCGGCAGUGGAGACUCUGGCGGUCCAUUAGUUACACAUGACGAACCCAAACUUGUCGGUGUUAGCUCCUUUACACUCUUCACCCGUAGCUCCUUGCCAGCUGGUUUUAGCCGAGUUAGUGCUCAUCGGGACUGGAUACGUGAUCACACAGGCAUAGACUAACAACAUGUCUCGAUCUCUCUUGAACUAAAUAAACUACAAUUUGCAUCACAAAA